GUCAGUUCCCGGCAGUCCGCGACGUGGUGUGGACACUUUUCAAUUUCAGCCACUAGCUCGUGCAAAUCUUUGGAAAUUUUUUUUCUCUCUGUGUUCAUCUUACAGCAAAAGGAAUUACAGUGAUUGUGCAGCAACAUUUAGUAGCAAUUUUGGAGACUCAAUUUUAUGGAAAUAAAUCGAGUUUAGUGAAAGAAUUGCAAACUGAUCAACUGUUUCAGAUGUUAAAGAAUUUUAACGUGAAGAUCUUUUGAGAAAUUCAAGUUGAUCUUGAACAGAGAAAAUGCUUCCAAAGUGGACAGUAUUGUGCGUGAGUGUUGGCAUCUUGCUGAGGAUUGCAUUUGCUGAGAAAGCAGCAAAUACAGAAUUACGAGACGAUGCUCGGGAUAUGUUUGAGCCACGUCUUGCCAUCACAGUGAGUGCAAAGCAUCAUAGAGUGGAAGUGUCGUGGUACUACUCCCACUACGAGGAGGGAGAUGUGAUUGUGCUGACGGAUGAGGAUCCAGUGGGUGGCUUUCGCCUGAGGAAUUCCGCCACCACAACUCCCGUUGAAAUUCCCCGGGAAGGAAGUGGAUUCUCCGAUGGUGGUGGAAGUGGUUCAGGGAAUGGAGAACUCCUCGAACCGAAUUUCCUCAGUGUCCUGCCGCUCUUUGAUCCCGUCAGCAGCUAUGAGGAUCUCAAUGAGAGAUCACGGAGGGCAAGGAGCAACAUAAAUUGGCUUUAUGGGCCACAUUCGAAGGAAGUUCUCAUUGAAUUGUUUCCACAGAGCAAACAAGGAUGGGUUACAACAGACAUCAUCUUCGAUCGUACGCUCCCCAAACGGGUGACCAAGAAUACCUCCUGCUACGGCUAUUGGGCCACAAUCAUCCGGAAGACUGGUCGUACAGUAAUGACACGCUGUAUGCGCGCCUUCCCAACGUGGAUGAAUGAUUUGCGCGGGAAAAUUGAGAAUCUUCGCUUUAAAGAUCUCUUCAUCCCCGGAACUCACGACUCUGCCUCGUACAUGGAUAACUUCCAUCCACACAAUGAAACCGUCGUGACUAAGUAUUCCCUCACACAGGAUGACGACAUUCGCACACAGCUCAUGCAUGGAAUUCGCUACCUGGACAUUCGGGUAGGCUACUACCGCGCCAGCAAGCAAUUCUGGGCAAAUCACGGCAUUUCACGGCAACAUCCACUCCGGGAAAUCCUGCAGCAAAUAAAGGAUUUUGUCCUGGAGACGAAUGAAUUGGUCAUUGUGGAUAUUCAAGAAUUCCCCGUGGGUUUUGGCAAAUCCAAAGACAUUCACAGACUCUUGGUGAAUUUCCUUCAUCGGGAACUUGGGGAUGUUCUCGUGGAUCCCGAUAUCACGUGGCGGGGGAAUCUUAAGCAAAUCUGGGCAUCAAAGCGUAACGUUGUCUUGGCCUACGAUAAAUCCUCAAUUGUCUAUGAAUUUGGAUCAAUUGUCUUUGAGUCUGUUGAGCAAAAGUGGCCAAAUAAGCAGAGUUUGGAUGAUCUCAGGAGGUACAUGACCUUCUCACGGAAUCAAAUGCAGGGGAGCUUCGGAAGUCGCCCAUGGGCAGAAAUGGCAGAGCUCACGCCCAGUGCAUGGGGAGUCAUUACGGAUCUGUACGGAGGACUACGCAGGAUGGCUGAUGAUGUCAAUCGUCACGUAUCCCGAUGGUAUGCCAGUGAUUUCGGAAUGGGAGCUAAUGUCGUAGCGCUGGAUUUCUAUCGGGGUACAACGAUCAUUGAGACUGCUCUCCGUUGGAACUCCAUAAAGACUGUUACGUGAUUCAAAGUUGAAUAAAAAACGAUUCACCUGAGCAACUUUUUCCCCCA